UCGGCGUUUCGCCUUUACACUCCACCGACCCUCCAACCAAAUCAUAUUUAUCGGCUUUCUUCCCCCCAAUCCCAGAAACAACGAAUUGAAGAAACCCGAAUCCAUAAGAAACUUCAAAGAUAAUUGGCAGCACAACAUGACUGCCGAUACCACAACCUUGAGCUACUGGUUGAACUGGAGAUUUGCAGCCUGUGCAUUGCUCGUCUUAGCCUCAAUGGUUGUGUCAGCUAUUAUAAUCUGGAAGAACGAAGGCAGGAGAAGAUCGGAACGUCAAAGGAGAGAAAAUCAAAAGGAACCUACGGGGUUAUUAUACGAGGAUGAAACCUGGAAUACGUGUCUUGAAACCAUUCACCCUGCUUGGCUGCUUGGUUUUAGAGUAUUUGCUUUCUUCAUGCUUUUGGCAUUACUAUUUACCAAUGUUGUCAUCGAUGGAGGUGGCAUAUUUUACUUUUAUACUCAGUGGACAUUUACUUUAGUCACUAUCUACUUUGGGUUUGGAUCUGCAAUCUCCAUAUAUGGGUGUCGAAAGCACUGCAGAAAAACAGGUGGCAAUCAGGCCGAUCACGUAAAUUUAGAUUCCGAGCAAGGCACUUACGUACCUCCCACCAUAGGAGAAAUUGCAGAUGUAUCAUACAACCAGUCCAAACAUUAUGAUCCCCAUGAAGCUACCUAUCAUCCUCUGAUCGCCGGUCCUUGGAUGUAUGCGUUUCAAAUUAUUUAUCAGAUUUCUGCAGGUGCAGUAAUGCUGACUGAUACAGUAUUUUGGCUCAUUAUUUAUCCAUUCCUAACCCCCAAAGGUCAUGGCUUGAAUUUUAUGAUUGUCUCUAUGCACUCGAUCAAUGCUGUAUUCCUAAUCGGUGACACCAUUUUGAAUUGCAUGCGGUUCCCUUGGUUUCGAAUUGCAUAUUUCAUUUUAUGGACGGGCGCAUUUGUUGUUUUCCAAUGGAUCAUCCAUGUUUGUGUGAACCUUUGGUGGCCGUAUCCGUUCCUCGACUUAUCAUCCUCGUAUGCUCCCUUAUGGUACUUGGGAAUAGGAGUGAUGGUCAUCCCAUGUUAUGGCGUCUUUGCUUUAGUAGUUAAACUCAAGGACUUCUCUUUUUCAAGAUCAUUCCCAGAUUUGUACCGUAAGUUGAGAUAAGAAGAGAGAUCUUUGGCCAACACCGGCCACUAUGACGUGAUAUUGGCAGGAAAUUUACAAAAACCAUAUGUAUUGAAUGUGCUGAACAUUCAUCGAGAACGGAAGGUAAAGAGCCCAUGCUUGUAAGGUAAUGUCAUAAUUUGUAUAUCAUUUACAUAUCUUCUUUAGGUGCUUAAGUUAAUUUUCGGUCAAUUUAAAUUUCUAACAUUAUAAAUAUUUC